AUGUUCGUCUACAAGCGCGAUGGCCGCAAAGAGCGCGUCCAGUUCGACAAGAUCACAGCCCGUGUAUCCAGGCUCUGUUAUGGCCUCGACCCAGAGCACGUCGAUUCCACGGCCAUAACAAUGAAGGUCAUCAACGGUGUCUACCAAGGUGUCACCACAAUCCAGCUCGACGAUUUGGCCGCCGAGACUGCUGCAUACAUGACCACCACUCACCCAGACUACGCCAUCCUCGCCGCGCGUAUCGCAGUUUCCAACCUCCACAAGCAGACCAAGAAGCAAUUCUCGGCUGUCGUCUCAGAUCUCUACCACUAUGUCAACCCAAAGACAAGAAAAGCUGCGCCUAUGAUCUCGGACUACACAUACAACGUGGUCAUGAAGCAUGCUGAUGAGCUCAACUCAGCUAUCGUCUAUGACCGUGACUUCAACUACCAGUACUUUGGCUUCAAGACUCUGGAGCGAUCGUAUCUCCUGCGCAUUGACGGCAAGGUUGCUGAGAGACCACAGCAGAUGAUCAUGCGUGUGGCUGUGGGUAUUCACGGCGAGGACAUUGAGGCCGCUAUCGAGACCUACAACUACAUGUCCAACAAGUACUUCACACAUGCGUCGCCCACGCUUUUCAGCGCUGGUACGCCUAAUGCUCAGCUUGCUUCGUGUUUCUUGGUCGACAUGAAGGAUGACAGCAUUGAGGGUAUCUACGACACUCUGAAGACGUGUGCCAUGAUCUCCAAGAACGCUGGAGGUAUUGGUCUGAACGUCCACCGCAUCCGUGCGACUGGCUCGUACAUUGGAGGCACAAACGGCACAUCCAACGGGCUGGUUCCUAUGCUCCGUGUCUACAACAACACUGCUCGCUACGUUGACCAGGGUGGAAACAAGCGCCCUGGUGCUUUUGCCAUCUACCUUGAGCCAUGGCACGCCGAUGUUCUUGCCUUCAUGGACCUCCGCAAGAACCACGGCAAGGAAGAAGUCCGCGCUCGAGACCUUUUCUUCGCGCUUUGGAUCCCAGAUCUGUUCAUGAAGCGUGUUGAGGAGAACGGCGAAUGGACCCUCAUGUGCCCGAAUGAGUGCCCCGGCCUCGCCGAUGUUUAUGGCGAGGAGUUUGAGAAGCUUUACGAGCAGUACGAGAAGGAGGGUCGUGGUCGCGAGACUGUCCGCGCACAGAAGAUCUGGUAUGCCAUUCUUGAGGCUCAGACUGAGACCGGCGGUCCAUUCAUUCUCUACAAGGACGCUUGCAACCGCAAGAGCAACCAGAAGAACCUUGGCACAAUCCGCAGCUCCAACCUGUGCACCGAGAUAAUUGAGUACUCUGCUCCAGAUGAGGUAGCUGUCUGCAACCUUGCUUCGAUCGCCCUGCCGACCUACGUUGACAUUGAGAAUGAGACCUACGACUUCAAGAAGCUUCACGAAGUCGUCCAGGUGGUCACCAGGAACUUGAACAAGACUAUCGAGAUCAACCACUAUCCAGUGCCAGAGGCGAGAAAGAGCAACUUCCGUCACCGCCCCAUUGGUCUUGGUGUUCAGGGUCUGGCUGACGCUUUCCUUGCUCUUCGCAUGCCUUUCGACUCUCCUGAGGCACGUCGGCUCAACAUCCAGAUCUUUGAGACCAUCUACCACGCCGCCUUGACCGCGUCUUGUGAGCUGGCCGAGAAGCUUGGCCCAUACGAGACCUACGAAGGCUCCCCGGUAUCAAAGGGCGAACUUCAAUACGACAUGUGGGGUGUCACUCCAACUGAUCUCUGGGACUGGACCGCUCUCAAGGCUAAGAUCGCCGAGCACGGCGUGCGCAACUCCCUCCUCGUGGCUCCGAUGCCAACUGCUUCCACUUCUCAGAUCAUGGGCUUCAAUGAGUGCUUCGAGCCAUACACUAGCAACAUCUACUCCCGACGUGUCUUGGCUGGUGAGUUUCAGGUUGUCAACCCAUGGCUGCUUAAGGACCUCGUCGACCGUGGUUUGUGGUCUGAGAACAUGAAGAACCGAAUCAUCGCAGACGGUGGCUCUAUCCAACGCAUUCCAAACAUCCCAGAUGAUCUCAAGGCAUUGUACAAGACUGUCUGGGAAAUCAGUCAGCGAACUAUUGUCCAGAUGGCUGCUGAUCGUGGUGCGUUCAUCGAUCAGUCUCAGAGCUUGAACAUCCACAUGAAGGAGCCCACCAUGGGCAAGAUCACCAGCAUGCACUUCACUGGCUGGAAGCUUGGUCUCAAGACUGGCAUGUACUACCUCCGAACCAUGGCUGCUUCCGCACCAAUCCAGUUCACUGUCGAUCAAGAGAUGCUCAAGGUCGCCGAUACUAACAUCGCCCGAACGGGUGCCAAGAAGCGCAAUGCUUCUGGUGCAUACAAUGCAGUCAGCUCUGCUAAGCCUGCUUCGCCAUCGCCGAAGCCAAUGUUGGAGAAUAAAGAGACGAACGAAGUGCGAGCUGCUCCUCAAGAUGUCAUUACUCCUUCGCCCACGCCUCCACCAGAGCCAAAGGCGAAGAGGACAUUUGGCAGAACCUCGUCCGCCGUCGUGAAUCCACCUUUCCCGGCUGACAUUGACGAAGGCGACAGUCCAGAGACACUUGCUACUGAUGGCCUUGGCGCUGUUCCCAAGCAAGAAGAGCUGCCAGAGCCUGCCAUCAAGGCCAAGUCUGCACAAGAAGAGGAUGGCGAGAAGGCGAGCGAUGACCGGGAAGGCGACAUCUACGCCGAGGCUGUCCUAGCGUGCAGUAUUGAGAACCCGGAGGCCUGCAUCAUGUGCAGUGGCUAAGCCUGUUCUCGAUGUAUGUUGAUGUUACGAUUGUCGGAUCUUUAUGUUUUGCAUCUGCACGGCGUUAAAGGGUACGACUGAUGGAUCAAGGCAUGGGAGUUGGAUUUUGAACGCUGCCGCUAAUCGUUGGCAUGCUGUGUACUGCAGCAGAAUAUGCACUGGGGUCUUAUUGUUGAAAAGC